CUAAUCAAGCACACGAUCCGUUACCAUUUAGAACGUUCCUUCUUAAAUACGUACAAAUUACAUCUGCCCUGAUUUUCCGGCCUCCACAAAGUUUUGUACAUUCCGCAUCAAAGUUUGUACAUUGAUCCCUCUUUGUGCAUAACUGUGGAUACGGUGGCGAUAGAUAAAUAUUCCAAACAAGGUGGGUGGCCCACUUGCUUCCGCCACUAGCCCAAUACUUUAUAAUAAUUAAUAUUUCUCUCAAGUAAAUGUUGUUAUCAUUUCAUUUUGCCCCAUUUCCCAUUCCUUGACCAAACGAAACUUUACCAAUUUCACGCUUUAGGUUUACAGCUCGGUGCUGCUUCUUCUCCAUCCCCACCCGAAUUCAAGAGUCUUUCAAACGUAACUGGCUGAGUAAAUUUCCUCUCCCCUUUCUUAUUUUCCGCAAUCGUUUUGCUUUUGCUCUUCUGAAUUUUUUUUUUCUGCACAUGUAUGUAUGUUAAUCGCUCUGAUAUUGGGAAUUGGGAAAAAAAUUAGGGUGAUUUCUAGGUUUUCGGAGGUUUAAUUUUGGUUUGAGGGAAGCAAUCAGCACUUGGGGUUUUGUUUUUUUGUCGGUGAAAGGAUCGAUUUUUUCGAUUCAAGUGUUCAAUUUUGGUUUUGUGUUUGCUAUGAAUACUCUGCUCGAUUAUUGCGGUUUCGGGAUCUGAAAAUUGCCGGAAAUUUCAUUUUUCGGUGAAGAAGAAGAAGCAAGUUUUGAUUUUUGUAUUCUGUGUCUGAAAUUGUCUGAAAUUGGAGGAGCUAAUUUCUCGAAAAAAAAAUGGAUUCGAAUCAUCCACAUAUGAAUAGACAGUCCGAUCACCUCGGUAUAAACAAGAUGGGCAAAAACAUCAAGAAAAGCCCCCUCCAUCAGCCCAACUUCACUUCCCCAGCUAGGCAGCAGCCUCAACCCCAAGUCUACAACAUUAACAAGAACGAUUUCCGGAACAUAGUUCAGCAGCUAACCGGUUCGCCGUUGCGGGACCCACCUCCUCGCCCCCCUCCCCAAAACCACCCAAAACCCCCCAACAAUAGGUUACUCAGAGUUCGGCCCCCUCCUUUAACCCCCACUAGCCGACCCCAUAUCCCCGUUCAUCAACAUCAUAUGCCCAAUCAAAUGCCUCAACAACCACACCCCCCUUAUCCAAACACCUUCACGAGACCGCCGAAUCCUAACCAUUUCGACCAACAUUCGCCAAAUAUGUUAUUACCACCAACACCUACCGAUGUGUGGUCGAACACUACCGAGUCGCCGAUUUCCGCUUACAUGCGCUACCUUCAGAAUUCAAUCAUAGAUACAGGCCCUCGACAACCUCUAAACCAACCUCAAAACCACUUACUCCCCAAUCCAGCCAUGCCCCCGUUUCCAUCUCCAAGAUUCGGGGGGCCGCCGCCCCUUCUUGCAUCCCCUCGUAUGAACGGCCCCCCGCCGCCCCCUCCACUCCCUUCGCCUAGGACUAAUGGCCCCCCUUCCCUUUUACCCUCCCCAACUUCGCAGUUCCUUUUACCUUCGCCUAAUGGCUUCUACAACAUGUUGUCUCCUAGAUCGCCUUAUCCGUUGCUUUCUCCAGGGUAUCAUAACCCUCCGCCUAUUUCGCCUAAUUUCUCGUUUUCUUCCGUGGGCCAGUCUGGUAUUUUAGGCCCCGGACCUCCCUCCCCGGGUUACGGAUUCCCGUUGUCUCCUUCAGGGUUUUUCCCUCUACUACCCAGUCCAAGAUGGAGGAAUCAAUAAUGUAAACUAUUAUUUGCUUCGACUAUAUUCAGGUUUAUUAGUCUCCCACUUAUCGGUUGGUGCAAGAAUUACUGCUGGAAAUAUGGAGUCUUGGUUAAGUUUCCUCUUCUUUUUUUUUUCGGUUUGUUUUUUCACAGUAUCGAUCGAACUAUGUAACAGAUGUAAUAUGUUUUUAAUUGGUAGAUAGGUUUUAUUUGGUGAAAAAUUUGGAAAGCUGAUGCUAAUGAUUAGCAUUUAGGCAGAUAGGAUUUGUAGAGUUUGCUACAAUACUCUUUCUUGUAGGCUGCCUGAUGUAGUUUGAACUUCGUAGUUUCCGUAUCUAUUUUAUUGUACAAUUUAUUAGCACUGGAACAACGGUGUAUAUGUUUAAUUAAUUUUUGUAAUUUUUAAUGAAGUUGUGACGUGUUGA